UACAACUUUUCUUCUCAGCCUGGGCUGAUAAAAAUGGCCAAUUUCACCAAUGACAACUUCACCAAGGAGGGCAACCCCAAAUACAAAACUGUGGAGAUGGUUUUCAUAGCCACAGUCACUGGGUCACUGAGCCUUGUCACUGUGGUAGGGAAUAUCUUGGUCAUGCUGUCCAUCAAGGUGAACCGCCAACUCCAGACUGUCAACAACUACUUCCUCUUUAGCUUGGCCUGUGCUGACCUGAUAAUUGGAGCCUUCUCCAUGAAUCUCUACACCGUCUAUAUUAUCAAGGGGUACUGGCCACUUGGAGCUGUGGUGUGUGACCUCUGGCUGGCUCUGGACUAUGUGGUGAGCAAUGCCUCUGUCAUGAACUUACUCAUUAUCAGUUUUGACCGCUACUUCUGCGUCACCAAGCCAUUAACCUACCCAGCUAGGCGGACAACCAAAAUGGCAGGGUUGAUGAUUGCUGUUGCUUGGAUACUAUCCUUUAUCCUCUGGGCACCUGCCAUCUUGUUUUGGCAGUUCAUUGUUGGGGCAAGGACAGUUCCAGAAGGCCAGUGUUUCAUUCAGUUCCUCUCCAACCCAGCUGUAACCUUUGGUACAGCCAUUGCAGCUUUCUACCUCCCCGUGGUUAUCAUGACUGUGCUAUACAUCCACAUCUCACUAGCCAGCCGGAGCCGUGUGAGACGGCACAAGCCUGAGAGCAAGAAAGAGAAGAGGCCUAAGCCACUUGGUUUUCUGAAGACCCCACUGGUCAAGCAGAACAACAACUCCCCCAAAAAAGCAGUGGAGGUGAAAGAGGAGGUAAAAAAUGGGAAAGUAGAAGCACAGCCCGUACAACCAUCAGAGACUACUGGCCAUCAAGAGGAGAAGGAAACCUCCAAUGAAUCCAGCACAGUAAGCAUCACCCAAACUAAUAAAGAGAAGCAAGUGCUGGAAGUUGUAGCGGCAGAUCCAGGCCAGAGUCCAGCCCACCCACGGAUUAACCCCACCUCAAAGUGGUCCAAAAUCAAGAUAGUCACUAAGCAAACUGGUACAGAAUGUGUCACUGCCAUCGAAAUUGUCCCAGACAAAGAAGCCAGUUCCACCCCAAUUACCUUGUCAAACAGCCGUCCAGCUAAUGUGGCCAGGAAGUUUGCCAGCAUCGCCCGGAGUCAGGUCCGGAAGAAGCGCCAAAUGGCAGCCCGGGAGAAGAAAGUCACCAGAACCAUCUUUGCUAUCUUGCUAGCCUUUAUCCUGACAUGGACACCUUACAAUGUGAUGGUUCUCAUUAACACCUUCUGCAAUUACUGUGUCCCUGACACUGUCUGGUCCAUCGGGUACUGGCUGUGUUACGUCAACAGCACCAUCAACCCAGCUUGCUAUGCCCUUUGCAAUGCCACCUUCAAGAAAACCUUUAAGCACCUUCUUAUGUGUCAGUACAGGAACAUCGGCACAGCGAGAUAA